CUCCAGCUUCCCGCCGAAAUCCACCUGCUUAUCGCCGACUGCCUUACCUUCCCAGACGUUCUCUGCCUCAAGCAUGCCUGUGUGUAUCUAUACGACCUCGUUCCGCCACUGACUCAUGCGGAGCUGCUUGUUGCAGAGAGCUCAUCACUUGCCCGGCAGAAGAACCUCUACGCAUGCCGGUACUGUCUACGCCUGCUCCCCGCCAGCCGUUUCGCCGAUCGCAUGCUGCACAGUCGUCGAGACAGAUCCGGGCGUGACGCAGGACGACGGUUCUGCAUCCGAUGUGGGUUGCAGCCCAGAGAUACAGGUGCUGCGCGCUACGGACCAGGGGCCCAGAUAGUUGUCGACGGUGUCUUCAAGGUCUUCUGUCUGCAUUGCAAGGGGUUCCGG